AUGUGUGAUACCAUUCCCCAGGAAGCUCCCUGGGAGCCAGAUGGAGAGUGUAGACUGCAAAAGGGCUUCCCUGAGAGCUCAGUUGGGCCACUCCUCUCUUUGAGGGACCUGCCAGCGUUCCAUGAGGAUGGGUGGUGUCUUCAACAUGAGUUUGCAGACCAGUCUUUAGCCGGCCCUCUAGGAGUCCUGAGUGGGAAGCCAGAGGGGGAUGGAAGACCCUGCUUGCAGAUGAUGGGGACCAGUCUUCUCCUGCUCACUCAGACCCGUGCUGGGAUGGACCCAGUUCUUUUACAGCGUUGUCCUUCCUUCUCACUGUUGCAGGUGACUCUUCAAGAGCACUGGUUUUAG